UCAUGUCUCUAUAGUUUCCUUAGAUUUUGUAAAUUCCUUAGAUUCAACGAAUCAGUAUAAAGCGUUCACAUUUAUUAAUAUUCAUUAUAUAGGGAUAUGUAAAAUAAUAAUUGAUAAAAAUGGAUCAAACAUUUUUAUUAGAACCGGAUAUAAUAGCCGCCACAGAGAAUGUUAUGCCAGACUUAAAUAACGAAUUGGUCGUAGCUAAGAACUUUUUGAAACAGCAGAGUGCAGCCACGGGGGAUUCCUUGUACGAUCACCUCGUGGAUGUUGUACACAAGAUAUUGAGCCAUAAACCACCUGACGUGGUGGACAACUUCGAGCAGUAUUCAUGGGAGGUGAAGCAAGAAAAGUUCCGACCUAAUUUCGAUCUGCUCAAUGACAUCUAUUUGUCUCCACCGCAGCUCACGAUGGUCCGGAGAGUGGAUGAAAUGUUUAGGCUGGUGUCUAGCAAAUGGGAGAAAAUGGAUAAUCUUGGCGAAGACGAGCAGGAGUUGGAUCUAGAAGAAGACUCAGUUAAACCCAGGGUGGCUGACUUAAUUGACCACAAUUAUUAUUUCCGGCAGGGUGGUUAUGGAUUGCCAGAAAGUGAGUGUUUUGCUGUAUACAUCGCUCUCAAUAUGCUGGCUAUCAAAGAACCUGUUGCUACAGUCAGAUUCUUCGGCAAGAUUUUCGGAACGAAGGCGAAUUACUAUGUUGCAGAAACGGAUCUCACUAUAGAAGAGCUGGACAGGAGAAUUAGGGAGUUUGAACUGAAAGACAUGCCUGGCGAGGGUUUGGAGGAAACCCGCGCAGUGGACGCGGAAGAACAAAAGGAAUUGAUGGGCGAAGGUGAAGGUCAUGAAGAGAAACCGAAGGAACCGGUGCCACCAAAACUACCACCGCUACCCGUAUCCACCUGGCAGCCCCCGCCGGCCAUACCCCACGAGAGACCCGGACAAGGGGCCAAUAAAAAGGUGUACUGGGUGUGCCACCUUCCUGGCGAACCGUGGGUGUGUCUGCCAGACGUAACUCCUGAACAGAUCAGGGUCGCUAGGAACAUUGUGCGGUGCAUGACGGGUGAUUUGGAUGCAGAGGUCCUUUCGUUUCCACCGUUCAACGGCACGGAGCGAAAUUUCCUGCGCGCGCAGAUAGCCCGCAUCGCCGCCGCUACCUGCGUGUCUCCGCAGGGUUUCUACACGUACGGCUCUGGUGAAGAGGAAGAGGAUAUAGACAUGGAAGAAGGCGGAGGCGACAUGGAUUUCAACCCAAAUCCUUUCUACCAGGGGCAUACGAUUAAAGAUCUUCUAGACUCGAAUCUGACGUACUGGGUCCACCACGGCAGGUGUAUACUGAAACAGGGAAGGACCUUAUGGUGGAAUCCUAACAUGGGAAUGGAGGAAGGAUUAGAAGAAGAAGAGGAUGAUGGUCCACCUCCAGUGGAGCCGGAAGUCGGUCCGCCGCUGUUCAGCCCGCUGUCGGAAGACGCCAGGGUGGAGGGACUGCCCGCUUGGAGCCCACGCAUCAGUACCAACCUGGCACCAGAUCGUGCUCUAGCAGUGCUGAGAAGCAACAUUUGGCCCGGUGCGGUGGCAUACGCCACUAAUGGGAAAAAGUCUGAAUGUAUGUACGUGGGCUGGGGUCAUAAGUUCCGUCCGCCGAACUAUUCCCCGUCGCAGCUGCCCCGACCGCAGGACGAGUAUGUUAUAGGACCAGAGGUUAUGGAGAUGGCUGACCCAACCUUUGCGGAUGAAGAGGCGUACCGCAUCGCACAUCUACCACCUGUACCACUGCCAGUGCUGGGCGAGGGCGAAGGUGAGGGCUUCGGGGAAGAAGACGAGGAAGAAGAUGAAUAG